AUGUCGACCGAAGACCACCACGACGAGGAGGACAUGCAGGUCCUCAACGAAGAUGACGCCGCCGAGGAGAUCAUCAACGAGGAUGGCGAUCUUGUCAUGGACUCUGACGAAGACAUCUUUCUGCAAAAUGACUCCAUCGCCUACUUUGACGAACCCAAAGACUCCCUCUUCACAAUCGCCCAGCACCCCGUCCAGCCUUCCAUUGUCGCUGUCGGUGGCUCUGCCGGCCAAGAAGACGAUGCCCCCGGCGCAGGUUGGGUCAUCGACACCUCAUCUGCUCCUUCGAAACCAGUUUUGCCCGCCAGUUUCGCAAGCAACCCUGCCGCACAGCCCGAGGAAGGCUUCCCCCUCCAGAGCGUAUACAACCUCGACGGCCACACUGAUUCCAUAAACUCUCUCUGCUUCACCUUUCCCAAGGGCGAAGUCCUCGUUUCUGGCGGCCUUGACGGCAGAAUACGCGCUUGGACUGUCGAGGCCAACCCUGGCUCGCCGAUCAAAGUCUCCCCUCUUGGUGAAACCCAAGAAGUAGAGGAGGUAAACUGGAUUGCGCCGUGCCCUUCGCCUGAGAACCCCAACACAGUUGCCUUUGGCGCUAACGACGGCUCUGUCUGGGUUUACACCAUCGACCCGUCGGAUCCCUCCAACCCAUUCCAGAUUGUUCAGUCUUAUUUCCUACACACUGCGUCUUGCACUGCUGGCGCGUGGUCUCCUGACGGCCAGAUGCUCGUCACCGUCUCUGAAGAAAGCAGUCUCUAUGUUUGGGACGUCUGGGGUGCUGCUGCUGCAAAGGGCCUUGUUGGUGACAACGGUAUGAGCAUCAUUGCCAUGACUGGCGAGGACCAGCGUUUCGAAGUUGAGGGUGGUCUUUACUCCGUUGCUGUCGAUCCCAAGGGCACAUUCAUAGCUGCUGGUGGUGCUGGUGGCGCUAUUAAGAUUGUCUCUAUGCCUCGACUAUCGGGAGCUGCCGCAGGUGGUAAGGGAGGUAAAUCGGGCGCUGACUCUGCUGGCGGCCAAAUCCUUGCAUCACUUCACGCUCAGUCUGACGGUGUUGAGUCUCUUUCAAUUGUACUCGCAUCAACUACGCCACCUACCCUCCUUUUGGCCGCCGGUUCCGUCGACGGCUCCAUCUGCGUCUUUGAUGCUACCCGCCAAUUUGCUGUGCGACGCAACAUUGUUGGUGCUCACGAGGAGCACUCCGUCGUCAAGGUCGAAUUCAUCAAGGACUCUUGGACUCUGACAUCCUGUGGUAUGGAUGGUGUCGUCCGCCGCUGGGAUCUCCGAGGUACUACCACCGCUGGCACUACUGCCGCAGACUCUGGUCUUAUCAAGGAGUGGAAGGGUCACCGUGGCGAUGGCGAAGGCGGCGGUAUCCUUGGUUUUGUCCAGGGCCAAACAGGUGAACGUAUCAUUACGGCUGGUGAUGACGGAGUCUCGCUUGUCUUUGAAGCUUAA